CGGCCGUUGCGGCGCCCGGGGCGCGCGCGCGUGUGCGUGUCGGGCCGAUUGUCCAUCGGUGAGGCGCCAUCGCACAUUCCUGUCAGACUGAGCGGUCACACAGAGAGAGAGUGUGAGGUGGGGAGUUCGUUAGAGCCUUAACCCCAGAGAAAGAACAAAACAAAACAAAACGGAGCCAACCAUCAGGACAUCCCACAGUAUCGUCCGACGGUGUUUUUUUUCCCCCCCGCUCGGGUGUCAUCCCCUGAGGAGUUGGGAGGGGAGAAACGGAGAAUACUGACCGGAUCCAGAGGAGGAGGAGACUAACGGGACAUGUCGGAGGACGGGCGGCACUACAGCGCCCCCCAGCAAUCAGGAAUCGUGCAUAAUGGAUUCCGGGGGGAAGGAAGAAAGCAAGGAAGACGGAAAUGGAGACUGAGAAAAAAAGACACGUAUGGAGAACAUGAUGACCGAGUUGGGGGUGGUUUUCCUGUUCGGAAAAAGAAAGGACGCGGUCCAUUCCGGGGAAAGAUGUACAGUGAAGGAAGUCACAAAUCCAGGAAUCGAGGCAGUGGAGGACCCAACCCACGGUCACGGUUCGAGGAUGACGAUGGCGAUGUGACCAUGAAUGACCACGAGUCACCAAGGUCACGAUUUACACCCUAUGGUCCAAGACCAUCUCGUCGCCCAGACAGCUGGCAUGAUCGUGAUGGAGGGCCCUCAAGCAUUCAAGUUACUGUGAAGCAAAAUUCGGAGAGAAAUGCAAGUGCCAAUACACGGCGAACCUGGUUUAAAAUCACUAUUCCCUUUGGAAAGAAAUAUGAUAAAUCCUGGCUUUUGUCAAACUUGCACAAUAUGUGCAGUGUUCCCUUUACUCCUGUUCAGUUUCACUAUGAUGGUAAUAAGGCAGUAUUCUAUGUUGAAGAUUCUACAACUGCUAAUGCUUUAAAACAGAUAUCGAGAAGAAUUGUUGAUAAGGAUUUAUACCGGGUGGCCAUCAUGAUUAAUCCUUCAGUGCCGCCAUCUUCUGUUUCAAAUGAGCUCAAAUCAGAGGAGAUCGAGCACAUAAAGCAGUGUAUGAGUAAACGUUACGAUGGAUCUCAGCAGGCCCUAGACCUAAACAGCAUACGUAGUGACCCAGACCUCAUCUCUCAGAAUAUUGAAGUGGUGUUAAACAGGAGGAGUUCCAUGAGCACAGUCAUCAAAAUAAUAGAGGAGAACAUUCCAGAGUUGCUCUCGCUCAACCUGGGCAAUAACCGGCUCUACCGACUGGAAGACCUGGCAGAUCUGAUUACCAAAGCACCCAGUUUGAAAAUUUUAAAUCUUUCCAGAAAUGAGCUCAAAUCUGAAAGAGAUCUGGACAAAAUAAAAGGCUUCAAGCUGGAAGAGCUGUGGUUGGAUGGGAACCCUCUCUGUGACAGCUUCCGGGAUCAGGCUACUUAUGUCAGUGCUGUCAGGGAAAAAUUUCCAAAGUUACUCAGACUGGACGGCCAUGAGCUCCCACCUCCCAUUUCCUUUGAUGUUGAGACUCCAACCACGCUUCCUUCAUGCAAGGCUAGUUACUUUGGUACAGAUGAAAUCAAAGUGCUUGUAUCAAGAUUCAUACAACAGUACUAUUCAGUUUAUGAUUCAACAGACAGGCAGGGACUGCUGGAUGCCUACCAUGAUACGGCUUGCUGCUCGCUCAGUAUUCCAUUUUCUCCACAGAACCCUGCCAGGAGCAGUCUGGGAGAGUAUUUCAAGGAGAGUAGAAACGUGAGGAGACUGAAGGACCCAACACUUCGGGCGAAGCUGCUGAAACACACCAGACUAAAUGUUGUAGCCUUUCUCAAUGAACUCCCAAAGACACAGCAUGACAUAGCUUCCUUUGUGGUGGAUGUAAGCACACAAACAAAUACAUUACUCUGUUUUACUGUACAUGGAGUUUUCAAAGAAGUUGAUAGUAAAUCUAGGGAGUCUGUGAGGGCGUUCUCAAGAGUGUUCAUUGCUGUACCUGCUGGGAAUGCAGGGCUCUGCAUUGUGAAUGACCAGCUGUUCAUCAGGAAUGCCACCACCGAGGAGAUCCGCAAGGCCUUUGUGACGCCAGCGCCCACACCGUCAAGCAGUCCGGUGCCUACCCUCACAGCGCCACAGCAGGAAAUGUUGCAAGCCUUUUCCCAGCAAUCGGGCAUGAACAUAGAGUGGUCACAAAAGUGUCUGCAAGAUAACGAGUGGGACUUCAAUCAAGCUGCCCAAAUCUUCACACAGCUUAAGGCCGAAGGAAAAAUUCCUGAAAUAGCGUUCGUGAAGCAGCUUUGAAGAAAGCAAGCAUUACACUACCCCUUCUGACCCAAGGCUUUUAAAGCCUUUAGAGCUGGGUCUCUGGAUGAUUUUUUUUUAAAAAAAAAAAAAAGAGCUAAAUGUUGCUAUAAAAGAUAUAUGUUAAGUAUAAUGUGAAUUUUUCUUGCUAACAAGACUCAUGAUUUUUUUUAAACUAAUGCACUGCAGUUACUGUUUCUCAGUCAGACCGUGUAAAUGUUAUCCUAGCCCUUGUAGCUUCCUGAUUUCUGUGUAUAGUCUGUGCCAGUGUUUUUCCCAUAGAUUUUUUUAAGGGGGGGGAGGGAGGGAGGGAGAAAUGGGGAAAGUUUUGUUGAGCUUCGUGAGAAAUUUGGAAGUAGGAAUCUUCCUUAUAUCCUGGGUGAUAAUCGGGCUUUGUAAGGGUUGGGUGUUGUACAGGACUCUGGGCUUGUUGGCUCCAGUAGUGUGUGGUGAGUAGGGAUAAUCAGGUGAAUUUGUUGCCUGUUCUUGACUUGCCAUCACACUACACACAGAAGGUGGAGCUAUGACCUUUCACCCCUCUCCCAAGGCUGUUUUUAUCAUUUUUUAAAAUGGUAGGCAUUGUAAACCCACAUUGCUUGAAGUGCUAAGCCGUCUCUGGUGAGUUUGCACCAGAUGGAAGGAAAAGGUCAUGUUAGUCUGGGAAGGGAUGGCACUUCGCCAUCACCUUAGACUGACCGAACACCCCUGCUUCGUUCAAAAGUCUUCUUUGUGAUAUUUAGCACUCAAAGCUUGGUUCCUAACCCCCUCCAAUCAAAUUUUGUACUUGCUUACCCUUUCUAAGCUUAUCUUAAUUUGUUCCACUCCAGCAAGCUGGGCUCUUAUCCCAGAACCCAGGGAACCACCCCCUCUCCGAGCUCCAGACCUGUGCUGAGGGUGGGAGUUAACAGACAAUGGUAAACAAACAGGAACUGGUCACCCCCAUUGAUCAGAUUAUCAUAACUUUCAUUUGUUUCCUUCACUAAUUUUGGAAGCCUUUUUCUUAAAUCUCCCUUUAUUCAUAACAAGAUGAAAGCUUUUAAACACAGUCUUGACUUGACAAGCAGCCAUCCCCGUUCUAGUUCCUGGCUGGCUUUGGCCACAACCCUUCCACUGUUGAGCAGAGGGACUGGUUUUGUCACCCAGGCUGAGAAGGUCACCCCACCUGUAAAAGGGACCGUCAAAAUGGUGAAGUCUGGGUGUGUGCUUUUCUUUUUGGAAAAAAACAUACACUGUAGUGGCUGCAGUCUUUGUUUUGUGUCUCUACCCCUUGGCCCCAACCACUCGGACCACCUCCCUUGUAUUUCUUGCCUCCAGCUCCCCCCACCCUGGCUUGUAGUGGCCACUCUGAAGUGAUAACCUAACGUGCUCUGCACCAUCAAAUAACUAUGUCUCUGCAGUGCACUUUCAUGUACAAAUUGCUCCCAGUCUCCUCUUGUUUGGUGUCUUAAUGAAACAGGUUUUUAAGCCAUCUGUUGAGGCCAGAUCGCUAGUCGAAGUUUGAUGUCCAUCUGCUUGUGUGGGUCUGCACAUCCACCUUCUCAACUCUGCUCAGGAGAUUCCUGUGGGGUCAGGUGCGAAGGAGCUCUGUAGAUCCCCUCGAUUGUCUGUCUUGUGCUGAAUUCCUGCUCUUUCGAGCGGAGCCUAGGUGCUUUCUGUCCUGAAAAGGAGAAAAGAAAUGACAGAGUGUUGUUGCUUUGCACAACAGCUUCUUUCAAGUAGUCCCUACCACUGAGAUGAAGUCAUACAGACCUGGAAUGUUCUCAACUUGGUACCCUAACUUGUGUUAAGUUGAUCUCAGUUGGAAUGUGGGUUGGGGGCAUGGGAAUAGUUGUUAGCUAGGGAAGGGUGGUUGGGUGGGCGAGGGGGUUGUUUGUUAGGCUGGGGAAGGAUGGGGGUUGUUUGUUAGGCUGGGGAAGGGUGGUUGGGUUGGAGAAGGGGCUAGUUGUGAGGCUAGGGAUGAGUGGGGGGGUAUUUGUUAGACUAGGGAAGGGUGGUUGGGUCGGGGGACAAUACCUGGCUAGGAUUUCCAGAGUGAACUCGGACCAGGCUUGAUAGCUUCAGCGGUCCCAGUGAUUGACCAGACUGCUAAUGUUCACUAUCCAGUGAUUGGAGGCCUUUGUCCCAGUCCCUUUAGCAUUAGUAAAGAAAGGUGCAGGUUGAGCACCGCACCUACGUACAAUAUGAAGGUGCUUCGAAUGAAAAAUCCGAUCCAAGUGACUGGGAGCUUCACCCAGAUGUGGUAGUAUAAGAGUCUAGCUGUCUAUAGGACAUUUUGCAGUAGCUCUUCUGUAUGCGUGUGUUUGGGGGGCGUGGGUGGGUGGGAUGGUGGAGGGAGUGGGGAGGUAGGGGUUGGGGGAUGGGUGGGGAUAAAGGUUGGAUCUUGCAGCUCUCAUUUCUAUUGCCUGUCUAUGGUGUUGUGGGAAUUCUUUUAAAGUUAUGGGCCUGUGAAAGUGGAUGUAUGUAUGCGUGUGAGAGUGAGGGAUUGAGAUACAGUCUGUUACUUAAGAGCUAUUGUAUUUCCUGAUACUGUUUCGUUUGUAACGGCCUUUCUGAGCUUGAGAAAGAAAUGCAGGCUGCAGCACACUGUCUCUCUCCACAGUUCCCAGGUGCUGCUGAAGGGUAUUGGGUUAGUGGUACAGUCUUCACCCCCGCCCCUUUUUUUUAAUCCUGGGAAUCGCUUGGUUUUCAUUUGGUUGAAGGUUUGCUGACAAAGCUCAGUUGUUGACACUUAUUCACUAAGUGGCGUGCUCUUGUUGUUAAACCCUUAUAAAUCCAGUUACCCUUCUGAACUGUCCCAUAUACUAAUACCUUUCAUAUUCUGGCACAAGAGCAAAGUUGGAUGUUUUUCUUUUUCGGGUGUUGUACUGUAUCUCCGAUGGGUUAUUCAUGGGAAAACCAAGAAUGAAGGAGCUCUCUUCGCCUGGGAUCAGGUCGAGGCAAACGCGGUUGAAUCGUCUCUGUGGGCACCGGGGUAGUUGGCACAUCAGCACUGCCUCUGACCUGCUUGGAUUCAGUGAUCAGUCACCUCUCGCAAACAGAAGUAGAACCUACCAGCUGCUGCUCGCUCAGUGCUCAAUGUGACCGGCGCGAUUUGUUUUUAACCCACACACUGGGUGAUUAAUUCAAAGAAAUAGGAACAUGAGCCCCAUAAGGAGCCAGCCUGUUAGCUCACCAGUCAGAUGCUAGCUUUGUGCUCUCGGUCCAGAGGAUGUGCCUUGAGGAUUUAUGGUGCAGUUCGGUGUUAUUUGGCACAGCCCAGCUUCUGUUCCACCAUGCCCUCCAUGGUCACUGAUGCUUUAUAUAUUUAUAAAAAAUGUAUACCAAAAAAGUCAAAAGCUCACCCUCCCUCCCUUCUGUGCCUCAGCUCCCUCCGGUUGGCAGCAGCUACAGGUUUGGGAAGGUUUGAGCCAAUGUGGAGAGACACAAGAAUUUCAAACCAUUGAGUUGUGUUCAUUAUGGAUAUUGCACGCCUUCCCUCCUGUUGGCUAAAUGUUACCCUACUUCUUGGAAAUUGGCAGGUGGGGAAAAAGUCCUUGUUCAAAUUUGCCCUCCCACCUCAUUCAUUUUGCCCUCAGAACAUUGAGUCCCCGAUUGGAAGCCCCAUUCCCCUUCCACUCUUGCCAUUGUGAAGACCGAAGGACUUUUAAUUUUAUAAAAAAUUCCAAUUUCCUGCAGUUCAAACCAUCCAUUAUCCAUCAGCCUGAAGAGGCAGUGCCUCCUCUCACGGAGUAACUGUCUGUCAGACAGGAGAAACUGUCUGCGACUUUCGUUUUCUGAAGGUUGCCACUGAAUGUUUCUUGAUGGUUCUGUACUUGUUCCUCAAACUUCACAAGAUUUGUGUUCAUCACAAUUCAAGCUGAACCGAUGCCACGCAGUCAUCCCUCAAGGCAUCAUCUCUCAAAUGUAGCAUCCAGCACUUGUAAUUUAUUACCUGUUGUUGCCAGAGGUGGACUAAAAGUGGUCUGGAGAUUGGAAUUUACUUUAGACAGAACCCAAAGCAUGGGAUCUUGCCCAACACAGUAGGAAGUGGCAUGACAUCCUCCAAAAGUAAUUUUUGUUUUUUUUUCCCCUUUUGCAUGCAGUUUCUCUGGUUAAAUGUGCAUUGCACGGUUUAUUAUUUAAAGUUUUCGUCCUACCCCAGGCAUCCACACUGUCACUUCAGUGAUUGCACCCUGGUCGCUCUCAGACAUGUUUGGUGCCUGCACCCUGCCUGGUGCUGACUUUGCCACCAUAUUCUUGAAUGUAUCGGGCAGGGAUCUGACCCAGAGUGGUGGAAGAUGGCGCUGCCUUGCCCUUGCCCUUGCCCUUGUCUGCCCCAGAAAUUGAGCAGGAAUGGGAAGAAUCCUGGGACAGGUUUCUUGCCACUGCUUUGAUCUGAACGGUGUGUGCAACACUGAUUUUUAGGGAAAAGGUUCAUUUAAAUAGGAUUUGGAUAAGGGAAGGUGGGGAGUUGUGGUGAAAACAUUGCUUUCGAUAUCUGCUAGCCAACAGGAUGGAAAGCUUUAAUGCCUGUUAUUGUGUAUGGUGUAGGUGACCUACAUUGGACUGUUGUGUGAUUUGUUGUUUAUCCCAAGUGGGUUUUUUUUUGGCGGGGGGUGUGGAAAGAGGAAGGAGUGUUUUGGAAUUAAAUUCCCCACCUUGUUACCUGUGUUUUUGUCCCACCCAGAUCAGACACCUUGCAGUUUGGAUGAUAGCACCAGGCUGCUAUCUGUGCCUCACUGAGGCACAAACUGCUCGAAGCUGUUGGGACUGAUGGAGCCAUUGGCUCAUCAGCUUCUGCUAUCCCUGAACAGUUUACAGUGGGAGACGCCAUGGUCUCUGCUUUGGAUGUCUUGCAGUGUGAGCUGGCAAAGGGAGGAAGUUGAAUGGUUUUGGCAUGCUGGCUGUCCUAUACUUUCUGCAAUUUUACCAUCCUUUGAGUUCUCAUGGUUAAAUGUUCUGGAAAACCAGUUAAUCGAUUGCCAGAGUUUUUAAUGGCUUGAGAACCAGUUGAUCUGCAGAGGGGAAGGAAGUUACUGCCAGAGUGUUAUUUGGAGGAAAGUUGCUGAUAAUCUUGCAUUGCUGUCCUACUUUGAGCUUUUCUCUGUACCGAUCCCCACUGCACCCUAGACCACCCAAAAAAAAAAAUUUUUUAAAUCCAUUGAAUUUUUUUGAUAUUGUUGGAAGGUGACAGUUAAAGGAAGCAAAGGCUGGAAUUGCUUUGCUGCUGGAGCACCGAAAAUGCUCAUCGCCUCCUGCAGCAGUAGGCAAAGGCGUAGCCUUGUACAAGUUACUCCUUAAACACAGUCUCGCAACGUUCAUCAGUUUCCAGAUUGCGCUGUUAAGAGUUGGAUCCUGUCUGGUGCCUCAAAGGUGAAGAUUGAGUGCUUAUCCAGUGUUGGGGGAGCUUCGCGGUUGGACCUUCCAUUGCCCUCCCCCCCACCCCAGCCACGGACCUCCAUUUGUCGAUCUGCCUGAGUCGUGUUUGAAGCUGCCCCUCUUGACGAGGGAACUUUUUGAGAGUUGCACGGCUGCAGCUGAUCAGAACAACGUCCUGAAUGCUCUGCCUGCCCUUCGGCGAUGUCCUGCCCUGAGCUUCCUGCUGUUCACCUUCCAUCUCCAGCGUGCUGCCGUCCCACAGCCUGUGUCCGAACCUACACCCCACAGUGAAAUCUCACAGGCCCCUUUUUAACAAACAGACUGAAAAUGCAGUCCCUAACGUAACAGUCCAGUGUGGGUCCCUCCUUUUGUCAAUUUUGAGACUUUGUUUAUGUUAGAGCAUCUUGCAGUGAAAUGCUUAUAGUUGAUGUACUAUUCUAAGAGUCUCCUUUUACAAUGUGGUCCGACUUGCAGUCAAAUUUCAUUUUACUACGUUGUAACUUUCUAAUUUCUAUGAAAAAUAAAGCUUGUAAAUAAAGAGGUUUUUUUCUGACAAUA